GAGCAGAGAGAGAAGAUGGUGGAAGGGAAAGCAUGUUCCCCACAGGGGGUGUUUGCCCACCUGGAAAUGCUGGAGGCGCAGGCUCACGAGGCAGCCCUGAAGGAAGAGGAAAUGGAGCAGCAAGAAGAGAAACUGGUCAACCUGAAGGCGAGAGUGGAAGAGCUGAGACUCCGGAGGGACGAGCUGCGGGCUAAAGUGGACCUGCAGGAAAAGAGGCAACUUGGGAAAGAAGAAGUCGCAUCGGGUUCAGCCCAGCCCAGCGCUCAGGCUAUGUUAGAGUGGAAGCUUAGAAGCGUUAAGGCCAUGCUGCAAAUCUUUUACCUCACAGGGAUCAGUGGCAAGCUGACCAAGCGGGGAGUCUGCUUCUGCAUCAGCACCGCUUACGAGAGCACCUACCUGGAUUCCUACCACCUGGACCUGCUCACCAAGCCAGAGGUGCGGAUUUACCGCCACUCCGUCCCUAUCUUCAUCCCCCUGGAGCAGAUCGCCCAGAAGUACCUGCAGACGGACAUCAGGCGCUUCCUGUCCGUCCUGUCCGACCACCUCAACGCUUACGCUGGGAGGAGGUACCAGGCAGACCAGUUACAGGAGCACUUUUCAGACCAGAUAGAAGGAACCUUGCAGAGGAACUCCCUGUGUAACCUGCUGGUCUUUAAUUACAACGUGUCGAGGAAGAGCCAGACCUUUCCAUUCAAUGCCAGGCUGCUUUACGGAGAUCCCUGUUGCAGCCUCCCCACUGAAGCCAUCGUUUCCUGCAGGC